CAGCGGUGGCGGCAGGAAGUCUGUGCCCGAGACCAGCAGAAAGAAAAGCUAGGCAGCGAGCGACUGCAGUGGCGGCGAGAGUGAAAGAGGAAACUGCCGAAGAGGAAGCUCUGCCGCAGCCCAAAGUCUCCGCCGGCGCCGGGGCCGAGCAUCGCCGCCUGCUCUCCGGGACUCGCCGCCGCCCGCGCCCCGUGCCCAGCGCGCCCCGUCGACCUCACGCGCCCCUGCCGCUCAGCUCGUUGCCCCCCGCCCUCGUCGGCCAUGGCCCGGGAGAACGGCGAGAGCAGCUCCUCCUGGAAAAAGCAAGCUGAAGACAUCAAGAAAAUUUUCGAGUUCAAGGAGACCCUCGGAACUGGAGCAUUUUCUGAAGUGGUCUUAGCCGAAGAGAAGGCAACUGGAAAACUCUUUGCAGUGAAGUGCAUUCCUAAGAAGGCGCUGAAGGGCAAAGAAAGCAGCAUAGAGAAUGAGAUAGCGGUUCUGAGAAGAAUUAAGCAUGAAAACAUUGUUGCCCUGGAAGACAUUUAUGAGAGCCCAAACCACCUAUACUUGGUCAUGCAGCUUGUAUCCGGUGGAGAGCUGUUUGAUCGGAUAGUGGAGAAAGGAUUUUACACAGAGAAAGAUGCCAGCACUUUGAUCCGCCAGGUCUUGGAUGCCGUCUACUAUCUCCAUAGAAUGGGCAUUGUCCACAGGGACCUCAAGCCUGAAAAUCUUUUAUACUACAGUCAAGAUGAGGAGUCCAAAAUAAUGAUCAGUGACUUUGGAUUGUCAAAAAUGGAGGGCAAAGGAGAUGUGAUGUCCACAGCCUGUGGGACCCCAGGCUAUGUUGCUCCUGAGGUCCUCGCCCAGAAACCUUACAGCAAAGCUGUUGACUGCUGGUCCAUUGGGGUGAUUGCCUAUAUCUUGCUCUGUGGCUACCCUCCUUUUUAUGAUGAGAAUGACUCCAAGCUCUUUGAACAGAUCCUCAAGGCGGAAUAUGAGUUUGACUCCCCCUACUGGGAUGACAUCUCAGAAUCUGCAAAAGACUUCAUCCGGAAUCUGAUGGAGAAAGAUCCAAAUAAAAGAUACACAUGUGAACAGGCAGCCCGGCACCCAUGGAUCGCUGGGGACACAGCCCUCAACAAAAACAUUCACGAGUCUGUCAGCGCCCAGAUAAGGAAGAACUUUGCAAAAAGCAAGUGGAGACAAGCGUUUAAUGCCACAGCCGUUGUGAGACAUAUGAGAAAACUACAUCUUGGCAGCAGCCUGGACAGUUCAAAUGCAAGUGUUUCGAGCAACCUCAGUUUGGCCAGCCAGAAAGAUUGUCUGGCCCCCUCCACGCUCUGUAGCUUCAUUUCCUCUUCGGCAGGGGUCUCAGGAGUGGGAGCAGAGCGGAGACCGAGGCCUACCACUGUGACGACAGUGCACUCCGGAAGCAAGUGACCAGCUCUGGCACUGGGGCCCAGGGGGCGGGGCCAGGGAAGGGGGUCCCCAGAGGCCGCCAGCGCCACCAGCCACUCCAGAGUGAUCCCACCUUGCAUGGUGCGCCUUCCCGCACAGGACUGGAAGACAGAAGUUUUUUAUGGCCAUAUUUUAUACUGCAAUUCUGAAGUGUUCAUUUCUCACAAACUGUACUGAC